AGGAAAAUGACCGAUAAAAUGGAUUCAGUGGCGCGUCCGGAAAAACCUCAGACUUUAGAUGGUAUACAAUCUCGAAAUUCUCUCAAUGACAACAAUUCAUCGACAAUUUGUUCUGAUGUAAUUGCAAAUCAGAAUCGGUCGCGUUCGCGUAGCAAUAUCGGCACGGAUUCGCGUUCGCCGCGGGAUCAUUCUUCUGAUGGUGUCAUGAGUACAGCAGCUGUAGGUGGUUCAAAUGAAUUUGAAAAUAAUGGUGAAAAUACACCACGUCGUGAAAGUUUAAAUUACGACGAUACAAGUCCGAAUAGUCAAAACUCAUUGGCUAAAUCGAUAGUGGGUCGUUCAAUGCGUCUGCCGUGUAGUGUUGGUGCAACGACACGGAAAUGUGUGCUAACAUUAGAUGGGUAUUCAUAUGUAAUUGACCGAGUCAAUUUCUGUUUCCCUAGAUUUGUACGUUACGAUAACGCUUACGAUCAAAAUGCUGCCGCUGUCAGACAACUACAAUUGGCUUGGCCUAGUCAUACUCGUAACUUCACACAAUCCACUGAUGCUGCAUUGUGCCCAUGCCCACGCAAUUACGAUCCCGUAUGUGGCUCCAAUUCGGUAACCUAUUCGAAUCGCUGUGAAUUCGAGUGCUCCAGACGUGAAGUGGAACGUAGUGGUCGCAGUUUGGGUUUGGCUCGUUCCGUUGCCAGCACACCAGAAAAUAUUCCAAAACGAGAAGAUUCAUCUUGUGCGACCGGUGUUGGAAGUGGCAAUAGUAAUAGCGGUGGCAUUGGUUGUUCCCUACAGAGUGCUAGUGCGCAGAGUAAUCAAUCAGAGUGUGGUGGUUCCAGUACACAAGCAAUUCCAGGGGCUUCUGGAGGUGGCAAUACAACUUGUGGCAAUAAUAAUACUCAAGAUUUUUCCAAGAUCAAUAGUCCUUCCGGUGCUGAUGGCCAAUCGGAAAGUGUGAAUUUCUCAAUUACAAACAACAGCAUUGUCUCGUCUAUCAAUGGUCAAGUUGCACGACACGGUGCUCUUACCAUAGUUCGUCGUUCGAAUAGCCGCAAAAGUUUUACACAACUUGAAACACAGCAUUUAUAUCAACAACUAUCAUCUACUCCAACUCCGUCGUCUACCAGAGGCUCGUUUCUUACAGAUGAAUCUGUAGGAAAGCAUCCCGCCAAUACACCAACUGCACUACAACACGACAAUCGUCUCAACGAAUCAUCGUCGUCUAGCUUCAACCAACAACAAUCCUAUUCAACAGCACCAUCCUCAUUAACACACAACGCUCAACUAUUCCAAACUACCACACAACAAUCAUCUCCCACAGCAAAAAUGUUGCCCACAUCGCCGAAUACAAGCAAUACAGCACCAAUACCACCUACAGCCACCGACACUACUCAGGAUGAAAAUAUUUCCGAAUCGAAUAUGUCCACGGAUGAAAGUGCGUCGGCACUCGGGUCGGCCAAGGCCAAUCUCGAUUUGGCUACGGAAAAUCUACCAGCUGUCGAUACACCAGAUGCCUGCGACAAAGCUGCGUUGAGAUUGCGGUAUCUCUUGCGCAUGCUAAGUACUGGCGAAAUAUCCGCUGACGUUCUUCAAAAGAACUUACACUAUGCAGCACGGGUAUUGGAAGCCGUUUUCAUCGACGAGUCCAAAAGUCCCACGUCAGGUAAAUCAAAACUGAGGCAAAAUUCCAGUUCAUCGAUUGAAUGCGAAGAAGAUGAACAGAAAACCGGGCGAUGUAAUGGAAAUUGUAAAAAUGUCCAAUGUCGAGAGCAUCAGCAUUCACACAAUCAAACACACACAUCGUCAAUGACAACGGAAGGUGAAACGCCGGCAGUCGGAUCAAGUGAUAACAACAAUACAGAUCAGAGCCAAUGCUCUCUGAGAACAGAAGAGACGGACAAAAUGCCUGCGCCCGGUGACGAUGCGUCCAACAAUCAAAUUAGCAUAGACAGUCGCACCAAGGGAGCUUGCUUAGCGCCACAAACACAUAGUGGGCCCACAGGUCCACCGGCCGCAGAUGCUGAACAUCAGAAAGAUGCCGACGGGAACAAAACCUCAACCACCGCCGCCCCAACAACUAGUCCGCAGAAUAACAGUACAGUUAGCAGUAGCAGUUGUAGUAACAAAGCAACCAUUCAAAGGCAAAAACGUCUGAGAACACCGGUCUGGGCGAGAUCCAUGUCGACGAACAAAACACGCCUUGCCGAUGAAGAUGAUGAACUAUCCGAGGUGCAACCUGAUGCUGUGCCGCCAGAGGUCCGGGAAUGGUUGGCAUCUACAUUUACUCGACAGCUGGCCACUACGCGCAAAAAAACAGAUGAGAAGCCCAAAUUCCGUUCUGUGGCUCAUGCUAUACGGGCUGGUAUUUUUGUGGACCGUAUUUAUCGACGAGUUUCUAGUACUGCGCUGAUGACAUUUCCCCCGGAAGUGGUCAAAGUACUAAAGACUUUGGACGACUGGUGUUUCGAUGUGUUUGCAUUGGCAGAGGCUGCCAAUGGUCAGCCAGUCAAAUACCUUGGUUAUGAUUUGCUCAACCGCUACGGCAUAAUUCACAAAUUCAAAAUUGCACCUGCUACGUUGGAAACUUUUUUGAAUCGUAUUGAGGAGGGCUACUGUCGCUAUAGGAAUCCAUAUCACAAUAACUUGCACGCUGCAGAUGUCACCCAAACGGUCCACCAUAUGUUGUGCCAAACGGGCCUAAUGAACUGGCUAACAGAUCUCGAAAUAUUCGCAACUUUGUUGGCGGCACUCAUCCAUGACUAUGAACACACGGGUACCACCAACAAUUUCCACGUGAUGUCUGGCUCUGAGACGGCCUUGUUGUACAACGACCGAGCGGUCUUGGAAAAUCAUCAUAUAAGCGCCGCGUUUCGUUUGCUCAAAGAUGAUGACUGCAAUGUGCUCUCGAAUCUAUCGAGGGAGGAGUACCGUGAACUGCGCACACUCGUCAUUGAUAUGGUGCUCUCGACCGAUAUGUCCUUCCACUUCCAGCAACUGAAAAACAUGAAGAACCUACUGACUCUCAAUGAGGCUACUGUCGACAAGUCCAAGGCAUUGGCCUUGGUGAUUCAUUGUUGUGACAUUUCGCAUCCUGCCAAACGAUGGAGUCUCCAUCAUCGCUGGACGAUGUUGUUAUUGGAAGAAUUCUUCCGCCAGGGUGAUCUCGAAAGGGAAUUAGGUCUGCCAUUCAGUCCAUUGUGUGACCGCAAUAACACUUUGGUGGCAGAAUCGCAGAUUGGUUUUAUCGAUUUUAUUGUGGAUCCUAGUAUGUCUGUCAUGGCGGAUAUGUUGGAACAUGUAUUGGCGCCUAUAGCUCCGAUGUGCAAGAAUGUCAACGCUAGUAUAGAUGCUGGAGACGUGCCCGUUGACGGAGCACCAUCAACGGGUAGCACAAGUCGAAAUAAUUUGAAAAAUCGUCCAACCUGCGAAGCAAUAACCGAAGACAAUGAGAACAAAUUAUCCGAAGAUGCUAACAAUUCCACACAGCCAGUGUCAUCCCAAAGUAAGGGAGCAGUUGGCGCUGGCGGAACCAGUUCAACGGCAGCAACUGCAUUUAAACAUAAAUUUACCAUUCGUAAACCUUGGGUUGCGUGUCUUACUGACAAUAAGAAAAUAUGGAAGGAGCAGGCCAUCAAAGAUGCUGAAGCCAGAGCAGCUGCAACGGCAUUAGAAGAAUCUGACAAAAAGCCUGAGGAUUAA